UCCUCAUAUGGUAACUCAACAUUCUUUGACUAAUUUCUUUGUAAUACUUUGUGGUUUUAAUGAAAAAUUUUGUACAUUUCUGUGUAAACUUUCCUUUUGUGAAAUGAAGUUCUCAUAUUUUUAACUUUGGAUGAAGUAGUGGUUUUUUUGUUUGAUCGGGUUUUUUUCUUUACUGGUAACAUUUGAAGAUGCAUUUGCAUCCUUAGUUUUUUGGCAGAAGUAGACUUAGGCAGGACAUUGCUUACUUUGCAUAUAGAGAAGUUAAAGUACAUAUUGGGUGCAUAGUGAAAGGCAUAUGAUGAUUUAAUUUAGCAUAUCUGUUGAUAUAACUGCAGCAUUUCUUUAUAGUUCUGUGUGUGCUCAUUCGUAAUUUGCAGUAGAAACUUUAAAUGUCAGUGUGUCAUCAUCAAAAAUAAACAGCAUGUAUUGAUGUAUAUCAUUGUUUCCCAGUUUUGGGAAUUCCAGUGACUUUUCACUUCCACAGGAUUUGUGAAGGUUUGUGUUUUGUGGUUGCAGUUGGUGUUAUUUGUUUAUCAUUUAAUGGACACCUUUUAGCCUGUUCUAUGUAGCAUUUCUUUGAAGUUUGUUUAGUGGUCAUUCAAUAUUCCUUAUUGCAAAGAAGACUUUUUAUUUUACAAUUAGGAUGAGUUUUUUAAUGUUGUUUCAUCUACUGUUCUUUUAGCACAGAUGGAAGAGUUACAGAACUUAGGUAUGUAAGGAGUGGCAAUUUCACUGACAUAAGUACAAAUUUGUGGCAGAUUUUACUCUCUUUGGACAACUUAAAGUAACCUGUUUGUGGAAUAGUUACAGGUUAAAUCGAACUGCUUGUUUAGUUAAAAGAGAUAGUUUGUACCUGAGUGUUUGUGUUCGCAUUAGGAAUGUUAGUUGAAAUUUUGUAUUUUGUAUUUAUAUUACCAAAGGGAGAUUUUGGAAAGUUUAGAUGGAAAUUCAGUUAUCAGAGCUCAGUACUUGCUGUAUACUGAGCAAAAACUAAGGGAGGAAUGUGAAGACUUCACUCUUAUGGUACAUAUAUAUGCAGUAUAUAUAUAUAUUACAUACUUGUUCAUUAGGAACAAUUCAAUACCUGUUGCUGUGGUUCUGUGGUUUUCCAUUUUUUUGGCAUUUAUUUUAUGACAGAGGAAAGCUGUGCUCAGAAGUAUGCAUCUGAAAGUUGUGUGCUGUUCCGUGUUCUUGGAUUGCCUCAAACUGUUUCCCAGCUGGGACCAGAAAUGUAUAUCAAUCUGCAUGGUAGGACAAAAAGCAGACAUCCCUGCUUGUAGGGAGUCUCAUGGUAUUUGAUUGUGCUUCUUAAAUUCAUAUGGAAGCCCAAGGGUCUCAGCUCUUAUAAUAUAUAAAAAAAUAAGCAGAAAACCCAACAGCCACCUCUGUUGUAUUUGUAUACACCUGGAUUUGUAUUCAGGACAGUUAAGGGGAAAGUUAAGGAAGUAUGCUCAUAAGCAGAUCCAAGAUUUUAAAUAGGUAAACAAAAUUAACUAAACAUAGCUCGUGAAGUCAUCAGUCAGCAUAAGAAACUUUUGACUGUUUGCUUGACUCAAGAUUUCGGAGUGUUUUCAUGUAGAAUACUAUUAGCAUUUUGUUUUAUUGGGUCUUCUAUCUCAUGUAAUGAUUUUGUGGCCUUUAGACUCAUUUCUUAGUGAUUUAUGGUAGUUUAGUAUAAAAUACACAGUGAAUUCUGUAUUAAAUAUAUAAAAAUGCUUAAACACUAUUAUCAUGAAAUUUCUGCUCUCCAUAUUUCUGAUCAGUUUAGCCGUUUGAAUUAAAAUUAUUCUAAAAUUGGAGUAGAUACAGAGGUUUAUUCAUUUUAUUAUGAUUCGAAGAUUUCAUUGUACCGAAAGGCAGCAAGGCUGGUGAAGGGUCUAGAACGCGACUCCUGUGAGGAGUUGCUGAGGGAGCUGGGGUUGUUUAGCCUAGAGACGAGGAGGCUCAGGGGUGGCCUUAUCACUUUCUAUGAUUGCCUGAAAGGAGGCUGUAGCCAGGUGGGGGUCGGUUUCUUCUCACAGGCAGCCAGAGACAGGACAAGAUGACACAGGCUUAAGUUGUUCCAGGAGAGGUGUAGGUUGGACAUUAGGAAGAAUUUUUUCACAGAAAGAUUAAUUGGGCAUUGGAAUGGGCUGCCCAAGGAAGUAAUGAAAUUACUGUCCCUGGGGGUGUUUAAGGAAAGACUGGAUGUGGCAUUUAGUGCCAUGGACCACCUGACAUGGUGGUAUUUGGUCGUAGGUUGGACUUGAUCUCAGAGGUUGUUUCCAGCCUAAUUGAUCUGUGAAAGUAGUGUCAUUUAGGCUGGAAGGACUGCUGACUUAAUGUCCUCUGAAAUAAUUAAAACAGAAUCAUAUUUUAUUUGCUGUUGUUUAGAGAGGUUUAGUCUGGCUUUGUGGCUUGUUUUUUGUAUGCUUGUUUUGUUUGUUUGCUUUCCCCCUGACUUAUCAGCAUAAGCACAAGAUUUUUUUAGUUAAAAUUACUGUGAAUCUGGCUUCUGUGUAGAUCCUAAUGCUUUUUGGAAGCCUGCAGCAGUUGUCCAAAUCUGAAAAACAUUUUUAUUUUUAAUUCUGUUUCUGUCUGAGAAGAGGCAGUAGGUCAUGCCUGCUUCACAGUCUACACACAUUGUCUUCAGGUGGCCUGGUGAGGCAUUUUUGGGAGAUGGUGUCUUUCAUUCUGAGGAUAUGAAACAAGAGGACUCUUCUUAUAGUCUUUCCCACUGAUACAUAGAAGUUCAGUAUACUAAAUGUGUCAGGCUGAUAAAGAAUUUGUGUGGUCUCUUUGGAAACAUCUCCAGGUGUCAAAACUGGAUCUUACUCAAGCUGUCAGCUUGGUUGUGGAAAGAGAAAAACAGAAAGCUGAAGUCAAGGACAGAAGCAUUUUAGAGGUUUUGCAAGCCAAAGACAGCAAAAUAGAAUCUUUAGAACAGAGGCUCACAGGACAACAGCAGGAGAUAAACAGCUUAAUGCAGAGAAAAAGUGCUGUGGAUGGGGAAAAUGCCCGUUUGAAGAAUGAAUUCGGUAACUUGAACCGGAAAUUUAAAGAUAAAAGCCAAGAACUUAAGGACACUGAGGAGUGUGCACAGAAGAAGGAAGAGCAAAACAGACUGGUUAUAAAAAACCUGCAGGAGGAAAAUAAGGGAUUAAAUAUAUGCUGUGCUGACCUGCUAAGUGACCUGGAGAAACUGAGGAAGCAGGAGGCACAAUGGAAAAAAAAAAAAACUGGCAAUAAUACCAGAAUAAAGAAUUUGGAAACUGAUUUAGAAGAGACAAGGGAACAAAAAAAUUUGCACAGUAUAUGCAGUAACUUGUCAUCUCAGGUAGAUAUGAAACUAGAAGAACUUUUCCAAAAGGAUUGUGAUGUGAUUGGUGCUAAAUUUAUGGAGUUAGAGGAGGUACAAAAUCUUUACAGACAAAACAUGGAAGAUAGAACACAGCAGGCUGAGCUGAUAAAGCAGCUAGAGGCUCUCAGUGCUGAUACACAAAAAGUACUGCAAGACCAAGAAUAUGCUCACACAGCUAAAACAAUAUAUGAAAAAGUAUGUUAUUCUGCUUUAUACUCAGAGGGAAGAUUAAGAAGGAAGAAGGCAAGGAAGAAUUUCUAUAAACAACUUCACAUGCCUUCUACUGUAUUUCUACAGCCUUCUCUAAGUGAGCUAGAGGGCUAUAUUACAGUGCAAGAAUCUGAAAUGGAGCUUUUACAGAAGAAAGUGAAGGAAGCAGAUCUUAACCUAGCAGAGCAUAAUUUGUACACUACAAAUACUCUGGAAAGCAACAAUAUAAGGACUGGAAGAAAGCACGAGGAACCACCUGUGAAACGUUCAAGGUCUCUGUCCCCAAAGAGCUCUUUUAGAGAGUCAGAAGAACUAAAGAAGCUUAAAAUACUAAGAGCAGCCUAUGGAAAACACGAAGAAAGGCUGCAGAUGUUACAGACCAACUACAGAGCGCUAAAAGAGCAGUUAAAGCAGUGGGAAGAGGGCAAUAGCAGCCUUGAAAAUAGUAAAAGCAGAUACCAGCAUACAGGCUCCUGUCAGCUUUGUCAAGAGGAUCCUGAUGUGAUGUGGAAUGAACUGGCUUUUUUCAAAAGGGAGAACAAAAAGCUGUUGAUUGAGAAACUGAAUCCUGAGGAAGAAUUGGAUCAGAUGACAAUUUAUUUUCUGAUAGAGCCACUUUUUAAACUUAGGGAAGAUGAUGGGAUCAAGGGUAAUACUCCAAAAAGGUAUGUGAGAGAAGUUUCACAUGAGAUGCUACAGAAGGUACAACAGCUAGAAAGAAGACUCAAAGCUAUUGAAGGGGAAUUAAAGAAACAGAAAGAAGUAAAUAAAGAUUUACUGAAUGAGAAAGUGUACUUGAAAGUAUCUUUAAAAGUGCAAAAGGAAGAUGCAGACACAAGAAAAAGAUAGCUAGAAACACUACUGAAGAGGAUUUGUGAGGUAAAAAAAGAAAAAGCAGAACUUCAAUUCGUGAUUGAUGAGAAGGAAAAAGAAGCUGCCUCUUUGAAGAGGCAAGUGACAGAAGCUAACAGGUUGAGAAAUGAAAGUGAAGAUUUGCUGAGUCAAGUGCAGGAACAGAAGUGUUUGCUGGAUACAGCCAAAGCAGUGGCAAUCUCUAGGCAAUGUAAUUGCAAGAUAACAGGCACCAAGGUUAAAUUAAAAACAGCCAAGGAAAAGAGCUCUUUGGGACAUCAUGGAGCUUUUCUCAAACAGUCCAUCAAGGUUAUGAGUAAUGUGUUUGAGAACUUCAGUAAGGACGGCUGGGAGGAUAUGAGUGAAAGCAGUGACUCUGAAAAACCAGCUUCUGAAAGUUUGGAAACAGUGAUUAUGAAGGCAGUGCAAAACAUUGAUCCACUGCCAGGCAGAAGUGAACAAGAAGAAAAAAAGCCCAGCAAUGUGCUUCAUUUAGAAGUCCAAAAUGAGCAAUAUGACAAAAAUGAAAAUGAUUUGAAAACAUGGUUUAUGAGUGUGAAAGAAAUGAGCAGACCAAAAGGGAGAAGUAUCACUGUCCAGAAACUGGGCUACUCUGUUACUCUACUGUAGGAAAAAAUUAGGCCACUGCAGAAGCAGAUAGCUGUUGUACACAGGAAAAAAAAGACAGCAAUGGCUUCCAUUAAAAAUGUUAAAUAAACCAUUGAAAAAUUAACAAGUCAGAUACAUUUGGCUGAUCAGACAUUUCAAGUUAAUAAACUGGCAAUAGAGAUUUUGACCUCCAACCUGGCCAAGUGGCAACAGGAGAAGGAAGAUCUACAAGGAAAAUUAAAGUUGAGAGAACAUCUGUCUCAAACUGCUGGCAAGAGUGAAGCCAUCCCAGCUCCUUCAAAGAACAUUGAUUUAGAGAUGAAACAUCUGCAGUGCAAACUAAAGAAUUCGAACACUGGGAUCGCUAAGCAAUCGACCACCAUUAAGUCACUGAAAAAACAAGUCCAGGGAAAAGAAGAAUGGAGUCAGGAGCUACAAGCCAAAAUUUCUGGGUUGGAGAGGGACAUUACUAUGAAAUGACAUUUGAUAGAAGGCUUAAGGUCUUGCCUAAAAGCAAAUCAAGAAAAUGAGAAAACCUCAAAUGAAAUAUUGGAAAGUCUUGAGAGAAAGGUGAAGGCACUGGCUGAAGAAAAAAUUUCCAUUGACUCAAUAAAACAGAGGUUUAAUGUAGCCAUGAAAGAGAAGUCUCAGUAUGAGCAGAUGUAUCACAAAGCUAAAGAUGAUUUGGAGAUAAAGGAUCUCAAGAUUACUAAAUUAGAGAGAAAAGCUAUUGAGACUGAAUAUGCUAUGACAGAGCUUGAAACUGCUGCAUCUCAACAGCGGCUGUUGCAGAGUACACAGGCUUUGGAAUCUCUACAGAAGGAGCUGCUGCUCGCCAGUGACAAAGCAGAAGAGUUCAAGACAUUUGCGAAGGCUCUAACCAGAGAGUUACAUCACAGUGAACAAGAGCUGAGAACAAAAAUCACUGGCAAAAAAAUGGGAGAAAUGAAAGCAUGCAAAAAGGGUCUUCCCCAAGAGAGUCUUCAGUUAGCAACAUCUAUCCCUAAUGUUUCAACAACCAAUCUUUACAAAAUACUACAAUACAACUUCUUUUACAAAAAGAAGGAUGAUGAGGAAACAGCAGAAACAAAAGUGGAAUUUGAAAAAGAUAAAGAAUGGCUACAGCAUAUACAGAAACUCCUUGAAGCACAGUUUCCUUUUGCUUCAUACUUAAUGGAUGCUGUACUGGAAAAAUUAAAUGAGAAGAAGAAAUUUGUAGAAGAGUACAGCUCCCUCAUGAAGCACUCUGUAUGA